CGCGAGGCAGCGAAGGCUGGCAGUUGGUCUCUCUCUCUCUCGCCCUCUCGGAGGAAGCCUUCGCCGCUGACAGAGGAGGUUAAGACAAGGCUGAGGGGGAACUCCGCCUCCAUUUAAGAGUGAGCAGAGGAGAGUUGCUCCCUGGCUGGGCCAAGUCCGGGUCGAAUUGCGGACGGGGGAAGGGAUGGACUAGGGUAGAAUGGAGACUGACUACAAUCCCAUGGACCUAUCUAAUAACACAGGAGUUGAAGACCAUUCUGAAUUCAAGGAUUUUGAAGGACCAGACGUGAAGGACAUGAGAUUAGAAGCGGAAGCUGUAGUUAAUGAUGUCUUGUUUGCUGUGAGCAACAUGUUUGUCUCUAAAAGCCUCCCAUGUGCAGAAGAUGUGGCAUACAUCAAUGUCGAAACUAGAGAAAGGAACAGAUAUUGCCUAGAGCUCACAGAAGCAGGACUUCGGGUGGUUGGUUAUGCUUUUGACCAGGUGGAUGAUAGUGUGCAAAAUCCCUACCAUGAAACUGUCUACUCUUUGUUGGACUCGGUUAGCCCAGCAUAUCGAGAUGCUUUUGGAAACGCGUUGCUACAGAAACUAGAGGCUUUAAAAAGGAACGGGCAGUCAUGAUUGAAUCUGCAAUCAAAAAAGGCUUUAGCAAAAGGUUGCUGCUGAUCAGAGCUCUGAAUAGGUUGUUCUAAUGGUAAAAGGCAUAAUUUCCUUGUGUUUUUAGCUUUCAAUAUUCCUUGUUCCAUGACUUUCAAUGGCACUGACUAUAUAUGAUUGAUAGUAUUGUUGUAGGUUAAUUACUGGAUUUGUUUUUUUUUAACUUAACUUAAUGACAUAAACAAUUACUGUUCUUGGUUCAUUUUCCUUCAGAUAGUUAAAAGUGACUGAACUGUGUAGUUUUGGUGUCUUUGAUAUUCAGCCAAUGCUUAAUUUUAACAAUACCACAGUUGGUAUUAAAUUUUUCUGACAACAUAAUACCUGCUCAGAAUUUACACAGUAGUGCUUUUCACUGUGCUUGAAGACUAACUGAGUUUGGUUGAAACCAAAUAUUUAUCUUAGUUAAACUUAAUAACAUGGAUUUUAUUGCAUUUAAAAGAUUUAUGUUUAGCUCAGUUUUUUUGUUUUUGCAUGGAUUUAGAAAGUCUCUAGUUCCUUCACUAGAAAAUAUGCUGAAGAUCUCUAUUAAAUAAAACAUAUCUUGGGAUUUGAUCCACACACAUUUUAAACCCAGUACUUAUCAGUAACUGAACAGCACCAUUCAGUAUUUGUACCCUGUGGGUAGCAAGCUUCAAAUACUAAACAAAAGAUGAACUGUUGGCAUAAUGAAUGUAUUCAUCAACUGAAAUACAAAUGGGAUAAGCACAAAGAUGAGGAAGUAAAAAGCCACAUUCUUCGGAAAGCCCCAUCCUGCUUUGCUUUUGCUAAAAUUGUAUUGUUAUGUAAAAGAUAACUAUUUACAAUUAUUUUGAAUGUUUACAUGAUGUACAGUAUAUCUAAAAGUAUUUUUGAUUCCUUACUAUUCUACAGUUACUGAGUAUUUCUGUAAUGCCUUUUCUUCCAGCUACCUUUACCAUGCUGUAUCCUCUUCUAGUAAAUGUACAAUGUAAUAUUGGUGUAUUGUAUUGGUUCAAAACCAAAGACGGAAAUUGGUAUUUGAAUUGGGAGAAAAAUAGAUGGUCUUAAGUACAAAACUUAACUUCCAGGGCUGCUGUGUAUCUCUUAAUGUAUUCUGCUUGGGAGAAUGGCCUGUUUCAGAACAAAGUUAUAUAUCCACAAUAGUGUGCAUUGAUACACUUUGCUAGAUAAUACUAACAAAUAUCUAACUCUCAAAAUGAGUGAACUUACAAAAUCUUCAGCUCUGAAUAUACAUGUUGCACACUUGACUCUACUUGAGUGGUAGUACGUUAUUCUAACUAAGAAUCUGGUUUAGGAAUUGCAGGACCACAUAGAUUUCUAUGGCUUUGUCUUAGUUACAAUAGAAUUAUAGCUGCAAUAAUGUGUAGUGCGACCUGAUUUGAAGCAGUGAAUGUUUUCUUACCGUUUUAGAAGCUAAAAUAUCUUGCAUUCUCCUUUAUUCAUGUAUACAUAAGGAGCAUUUGUUUUGUUUUUUUAAAAAAUGAAAUGAACAAAAAACUACGUAGAUCUGAACUCAAUCUGGAUUUAUGGCAUGGAACCGCCCAGAGAGCUUCGGCUAUUGGGCGGUAUAAAAAUGUAAUAAAUAAAUAAAUAAAUAAAGUUUGAUCUCCAUGAGGAAAAUGUACUUUACCCCAUUGUAGCUCGCUACUCCCUUGUGAAUCAUGUAGCCAUGUUUGUUUUAGAAAUUAUACAUUUAAAUAAAGGAACAGAAAUCUA